AUGGAUCCACCUCAUAGUUACACAACCAACAUCAAUCGGCAAGAUCAUCGUAAACUAAGCUCACAAUUAAUAUGCCAAGAGAUUUUUCAUCUUGUGGGCGUAGAUCCAUUUGUGAAGGUGAGCAAAAUUAUCUCCCAUGUCGUUGCACAAUUCAAUUAUACCCUAUCAUACAGGAAAGCUUGGAUUGCAAGAAUUAAAGCGGUUGAGCAUGUAUAUGGGAAUUGGGAAAAAUCUUACAAUCAACUUCCACAUUAUUUGCUAGCACUUCAAAAAUAUGUUUUUAGUACGAUUGUAAUAUUGGAGAAACUUCCAACAUACACUCUUGAUGGAACAUGUGUUGAUGGAAGUAAGAUAUUAUCUCGUCUCUUUUGGGCAUUUCCAUCGUGUAUCAAAGGUUUUGCAUUCUACAAACCUGUUAUUCAAGUCAAUGGAACAUGGUUGUAUGUCAAAUACAAAGGAACAUUGUUGAUGGCGGUUGCACAAGACGGAAAUUAUAAUAUAUUUUCUAUUGCCUUUGCUCUGGUCGAAGGUGAGACAUGUGAAUCUUGGAGUUUCUUCCUUAGAAAUCUCAGAACACAUGUCACCCUGCAACCCAACUUAUGUCUGAUUUUCGACAUACAUGCCUCUAUUGUGAGCGCUUACAAUAAUCCUGCUAAUGGUUGGCACAAUCCUUCUUCUGUCCAUGUCUACUGCAUAAGACACAUUGCUCAUAAUUUUAUGCGGGUAAUCAAAGACAGAAAUCUCCGUAAAAAAGUUGUGAAUGUUGGAUAUGCCUUAAGCCAACCGUCGUUCAUGUAUUACCACGAAGAAGUAAGAUUGUCAAACGCAGAAGCAUUAAGCUGGGUGAAUAGAAUUCCAGUGGAGAAAUGGACAAGGGCUUUUGAUGGAGGAUGUCGAUGGGGUCACAUGACCACAAACCUUGUGGAAUCCCUAAACGACAUAUUUAAGGGAACUAGAAACCUCCCCAUCACUGCGUUGGUAAGAGCAACCUAUUAUAGGUUGGGGUCACUUUUUGCGGUAAGAGGCAAAAAAAUGGAGCGUUGUUUGGGAAUCAGAGCAAUUAUUCGGCGAAACAUGUAUGAAAUAUAUGAAGGAGGAAACUGUUAA